CCUGAAUGUCCCGGGGCUGUGACUCUGACUCUGAGCUCGCCGUGUCUCCACUGCCCCCCGCUGCGCUGCUUUCCAUACAGGGCGGGGUGGCGCUCAGUGCGGCGCACAGCGCACCGUCACCAGCUGCUCUGCCUGCACUGUCAGCCCGGCAACAUGGGUCUGGAGAAGGAAAACAUGGAUACCAGUGUGUUUAUGGACGACGACGAGUUUAACAGAUCCAUAGAACCCAUUCUGAAGAAGGGGAAGAUGUACGAAGCGGAACCGGACCGAGAUCCGAAUGAUAUUAACGCUCAGCUGAAGGUUGGAUUUGAAGAUGUCAUCGCGGAGCCCAUCUCCACACACAGCUUCGACAAAGUGUGGAUAGGAAGCCACGCCGUGUUCGAGCUGGUCAAAUUCAUCUUCUACCGGCUGCUGAGCACUCUGCUGGCCGUGCCCAUGGCGUUCAUCCUCGGGCUGGUGUUCGCGGUGCUCAGCUGCAUCCACAUCUGGUUGGUGAUGCCGGCGAUCCAGAGCUUCAUGAUGCUGCUGCCCUCGGUGCACGUGGUGUGGAGGAGUCUGACGGACAUGUUCGUCACCCCGCUCGUCCACAGCAUGGGGAAGUGUCUUUCCUCCGUCAACGUGAAAACAGCCGAGUACUGAUGCCCCCCGGAGAGGAAAUAUAGGACAGGCUGCAGUCAAAGGAAGAGUGAACAAUGCUUCGAGUGGAAGACAAGAGCUCUUUAUAAAAGUCCAAUAACAGAUCCUUUAGAUGCUGCACAAAUAAAGUUACAUUUAUAAGGGAAUAUAAGCAAGAAUUUGAUCGUUUUCAGGUGAAAUAUUUCUAGAAAACUGGGCUGGAAUUGGUUAAAAAAUACAUAAUAUCUAUGUCAAAUUGAAUAUUCCCUAAUAUAUAUUAGUCAGGACUUGAUACAUGUUCAAACACAGUCAUUAAAGGCUCUUAGAGCAAGAGUUAUACCUCAAUUAAAGUAUUUGUUUUAUAUAUUUCGUAACAUUUCUCCCUAUUUAAGUCAAUAUUUCUUCACUUUAUUCAACCUGCAAAUCCAUAAAUCCAUGCAUGCUGCCCUAAAUUAUUUGCCGGUCACAAGGUAAAUGAUAAAGGCUAUUUAUGACUUUAUGAAAAGCUCAUGUGCACCACCCAAAAUGGACUUGUUUUGCUGAUUGUGACCAAGAAAAAAUUGUCAUUCCAAAUAUUUUGUGGCUGAGGGAGCCGAAGAAUUGGUAGAGUUGUUGUUAAGAAACGUACUGAUAGAUAUAUAUAUAUAUUUUGCCUUUCAUAUAUUGUAUAUAUUGCAUUAAUUCAGCUUGAAGUUGAAUGUAAUACGUCUGACAGCAGAUAUUAAAUGCUCAGAAGCAGCUUGUUGCACAUUUAAGGUUUAUUCUGCUGUGUGGAUGUCACAGUGCGUCGGCUAAUAUUGGGCAUUGUUUUCUUUAUAAUGGACUUCAUGAAAUAGAGUUGUUUCUAACACCUGAUUGAACAGAACCGGAUUGGAUAUCAUUAAAGAGACGGUUUUUCUAAUUUAUUGUUUUUGCAACAACCAGUUCUUGAUAUUUGUUUGUAUCUGAUAUGAGAAUUAGACUUGAUUUGAGUGGCGCGAUGAAGGCGCCUUUUGAGCUGAGACUCUGGUACAGGAAUAUUUCAUUUAGAGGCUGUUGUUGUCUGCAGCGCUGCUUGCAAGUAGGCAGAGUUUUAUAGCAUUUCUACAGCUAGAGAGGAUCCCACAGAGGGUUGUUUUUUACCUUGGUUACUGUAUAUUUAAUAUGUUUGAGUUCCCCCUUCCUGUUAGCUCUACAACAAGCUGAUAUAGAGAAAAUUAGAGCAAAGUGCACAGGUGCAAAGCAACCUCUGAUAAACAGACACAAACAACGUGUUGGAGAGUUCUGUCAUUCCUUGUACUCCUGAAAAACAUCUGUCUCUUAAUGUGAGCUGUGUUACUUUGUCUGCAGACUGAGAACAGCUCCCUGCGUAUUCUUGAAACAGUGUUAAUGUCAUAGGGAGCGACCAUAAAGUGCUAAAUCAAUGAACUCAAAGCGACUUCAAGGCCUGAUAAACAUCUGUUGGUUCAUCAAUGAUCUAUUAUUGAUAUAAAAAAGUACAUGUUCGCAUCGUCUGCAACUUUGUGCGUACGUGUCCAUGCAUCCAUGGAACCAUUGAACACACACACAUCCCAAAAACUUUAACUUAAUGCCAACCUUCAGCAUCAUAGGGCAGCAAACUGUGGACGCCCAAGAUAUUUAUGCGGACCCACCAAAGGGCUUACUGACGACUGAGGUAAAGAGCUGCUCGUCACAAACAGAUUUCUCAUCAGCUGCAACAACGUACAGCAGGUGCAUGCAUCCACGGGUUCAUGCAAUCACACACACAGCUUCUCAAACACUUUCCAUCCAUGUCAAAUUUCAGUAUCACUCUUUUGCAAACGUUUGCAUUUUGAAUGUUGACUAGUAAGGCUUUUAGUUUUAGUGCUUUUCAAAACACAAGAUUGCAGGAAAUACAGGAUCAUGUAUAACUGAUCCAACAUACAGGUGGUCACACAGUUAGCAUGUGAAACAGCAAGUUACUUUUAGCACAGGAAGUAGAAUUAUUGAUGCUCUCGACUUUGCACUGCGAGCUAACCUGCUGAACUUGUAGAAAAUCAGACCCAGCAGAAGUAAACACUGUUCUGUUUUGUCUCCAGCAGACAGCCGUUCUCUCAGAGCGUUUUAAUCCUCUCCUGGAUGUCAGACUGAUGACAGCCUCAGAGAACAUGCAUGUUCAGUUAAGAUGCAAUAAUGGAAAAAUGCAGGUGUGUGUUUGAUGCUUUUUUCUCCUCUAAGCAAUACCAUGUAGUACUAAAUAACCCCAGGUAAAUGAAUCAUGAAUCAUACUGUAACGUGCCUUUUAUGAUGUAUUGUGGAUGUACUCGUUUGGAGCAAUUUUUUCAUGUCCAAAAUAAAGACCUUUUUCUCCUCGAGGUUCA